GCGGUGCACGUGGUGGGAGGCGCGGCGGGCGGGGGCAUGGCGGGUGCCGCGGGGCUGGCGCUGUGCGGGCAGGCGCUGGUGGUGCGGGGCGGCAGUCGGUUCCUGGCCACCUCCACUGCGAGCAGUGAUGAUGACGUCCUCUUCACGUAUGAUUGCAGCACUGCAGAAAAGAAGUUGCAAGAGAAUAAAGGGGAGGACGGGCAACCCGUGGAUAAGGGGAGUGACAUGAUCCUGGCAUCCACCUUCUCCAAGUCUGGCAGCUAUUUUGCUUUAACUGAUGACAGUAAGCGUCUGAUUCUUUUCCGUACAAAACCAUGGCAAUGUCUGAGUGUCAGGACCGUGGUGAGGAGGUGCACGGCCCUGACGUUCAUGGCCUCAGAGGAGAAGCUUUUGGUGGCCGACAAGUCUGGGGACGUUUAUUCCUUUUCAGUGCUGGAGCCACAGGGAUGCGGCAAGCUUGAGCUUGGGCACCUGUCGAUGUUGUUGGAUGUGGCCGUGAGUCCCGACGACCGCUAUGUCCUCACCGCCGACCGGGACGAGAAGAUCCGGGUCAGCUGGGCCGCGGCGCCGCACAGCAUCGAGUCCUUCUGCCUCGGGCACACAGAGUUUGUGAGCCGCAUCUUCGUGGUGCCCGACCACCCCGAGCUGCUAUUGUCCUCCUCUGGGGACCGCACCCUGAGGCUCUGGGAGUAUCGGAGUGGCCAAGAGCUGCACUGCUGUCACCUGACCAGCCUGCGGGAGCCGGCGGAGCCGUGGGCCGACAAGAGGUUCGCCACAUCCAGGAUCACUUACUGGUGCCAGGAGGGCUGCGUGGCACUGCUGUGUGACUGUAUUCCUGUUGUGUACAUCUUCCAGCUCGAUGCCCACAGACAGCAGCUGGGUUACAGACAGCAGCUGGCUUUUCAGCACAGAGUGUGGGACAUUGCUUUCGAGGAGGGCCAGGGACUGUGGGUCCUGCAGGACUGCCGGGAAGCCCCCCUUGCGCUCUGCAGGCCUGUGGACGGCUGGUGGCAGGCUGUUCCUGAAAAUGCCGCCUUAAAGAAGGUCUCCGCCUGUCUUCGGGGGAAUUGGGCCAUGCUGGAAGGUGUGGCCGGCGUGGACGUGGGCUUCAGCGGUCUCUACAAGGCCACCUUUGACAACGUGACGGCCUACCUGAGGAAGAAGGAGGAGAGGCUGCAGAAGCGGCGGCAGAACCCGCCCCCGGGGCCCAAUGGGCAGGCCAAGAAGACGAAGCCAGGGGAGGCGUCCCUGAGGUGCUCGUCCUAGCUGCGCCGAGUGCGCUCGCCCCCUCCCGGCCGGAGGCCCCCUUUAGGAGGCAGAAGGGGGAUGUCGCUUCCGACCCACGCUUGGUGACAGUCCGGUCCGCACCAGCUCAGCACACACGUGGGCCGUCCCGGAGAACGGGUGGGUGUCCUGGGCUCUAGAACUUUCUUCCACUGUGCAGAGGCUCCCCUGCCUGGCGUCUUGGGCGCCCCCUGGCUGAAGGGAAGCCAUGCUGCGUGUGACUCAGCUAGAGAAACUACAAGUGAGUAGUGCAAGUGCCUGGAAGCACUGUUUCUUCAUGUUGGAGGAAAUCGGAACACGCUGUGGUGGCUGUCGGUGUUGCACUGUUCCCGUAACGCUGGACGCCUUUUCCUCCGGCAAGAUGUACAUGCCGAACAUGUUUGUGGCAGUGUGAUAGACACGCUCUGUCCCCGGGUCUCCCUCUGGACGGUGUCCUGCGCUGUCCGACACGGGGGCCGCUGGCCAUGGGGUGGAGGACUCCGUUCCUCCGUCAGCACCUGUGUUGCCCCCGUGCUGGCUCCCUGCGUGGCGAGAGGUGCCCGCUCAAGAAGUGCGGCUGCUGCCGAUGUGAUGCGGGCUCGGUGGGGGCGCAGGGCCCAGCCUCGGCUUCUUUCGGGGUGUGCGAGGACCCGGGAGCCCUGGCUGUAACGGAGUUCUGCAGGGAAAUGGUCGAGGCCGUCACGCGCGGGUGUGAUUUUCCUGUGAGCUCCGUGCACACGAUGCAGACACCGGGGGUGUCAAGCGAAUUCUAAUCACUGCUCAAUAAAGAUGAGCUCGUGCAGCUUCUGGACACGUGUAGCCCCAGCAUCGGGAACUGAUUUCAAAAUACACUGAGCAAAACCGUU